AUGGCUCCGACAUAUGUAAAAGGAGGUGUAUGGACAAACGUGGAGGAUGAAAUACUCCGUGCUGCAAUCUCCAAGUAUGGACUCAAUCAAUGGGCGAGGGUCUCAUCAUUGUUAGUAAGGAAAACGGCAAAACAGGCCAAAGCGAGAUGGUCAGAAUGGCUAGACCCGUCUGUAAAGAAGAUAGAAUGGUCGCAAGAGGAGGAUGAAAAAUUAUUGCAUUUAGCUAAGAUUAUGCCGACUCAAUGGCGGAGUAUAGCCCCUAUAGUCGGUAGAACUGCUACUCAAUGCAUCGAGAGAUAUCAGAAAUUACUUGAUGACGCUGAACGGGGUGAAUCCAGCUCGGAUCUGAAUUUAACGGGCGUUGAUGUGGCGGGUCCUUCUGUUGAUAGCGUUCGUAAAUUCAGACCCGGAGAUAUUGAUCCAACUCCGGAGUCAAAACCUGCAAGACCAGAUGAAGUGGAUAUGGACGAAGACGAGAAAGAGAUGUUGGCUGAAGCUCGAGCACGUUUAGCCAAUACACAAGGAAAGAAAGCAAAACGAAAAGAUCGCGAAAGGCUUUUGAAUGAAAGUAAAAGACUAGCAUUUCUGCAGAAAAGGCGGCAGUUGAAGCAGGCAGGGAUUGUGACAAAAAUCAAUACUCGCCCUAAGAACAAAAGCACCGCUUUCUCUAUUGAUUACAAUGCUGAUGUUCCUUUCGAGCACAAACCAGCUAUAGGUUUUUAUGAUACCUCGGAAGAAAAAGCAGAAAACGAACGACAGAAAGAGCAGUAUGACCGCCUAAUUGCAUCUAAAGGCGUCCCUCAAUCAGGACGAGACGAUAAAGAGAAGAAAGAAAGAAAUGACAAAAAGAGAGAACGAAAUGAAGCAUCUGAAGCCCAAGCGGCAGCUGCAAGGGCAGAAAAACUUCACCAGCUUAGUCAAGCUGAUCAAGUUGCGAAGAGAAGGAAAUUAAUGCUUCCACAACCACAGGUUGGCGUCAAUGAACUCGAGCAAAUUAUCAAGCACACACGUAGGGGUGAUGAAAUGAAAAACUAUAACGAUACAGAAGACGGUGAUAGUGGACUAAUUGGAGAUUACUCGGCAGCCGAAAACACUGCCUUACCCUUGAGGACUCCUAGUGUGGCAUCCGGCGAGAGCAGUGUUCAACUGGCGAGUAAAGAACUCAUAAACCUUACAAAACAACAGUCUUCUUUGUUAGGCGAAGUGAAUGUACCUUUAAAUGGUCAAUCAAAACCAAUCGAAACAGCAUUGCCUCCUUCAAAGACCUACCAAACUCCCAAUGUGUUGCUUUCACAGACCCCAAGAAGAGACUUCUUCGGGGUCAACGAUAUUGGCGUAGAAGCAACGCCAAGAGAUGUCAUUCGUAGAAAGUUUCUUUCGUUACCCAAGCCAAAAAAUGAUUUUGAGAUUGUUCUACCCAAGCAGGAUGAUCUGGCGAUUGAAGAUGAGGCUCCAGAGAUAGCAGAGGAUGCCAAUGAAAGAGAUAAGCGAAUUGCAGCAGAAAGAGAGGCAGAAUAUCAGCGUCAACUAAAUAGAAGGUCAAAGAGCAUUCAGAAGGACCUUCCACGACCUGCGGUGAUUCCUCAGACACUCUCGCCUUCUGGACCCACGGAAUAUGGUGCAAACCUCAAAAUUAUACUAGAUGAAGCAGUUCAGUUAUUGAGAUCUGAUAACACGAAAUAUCCUUCUGAGAACAGGGUGAUUUCUGGGCCCAUAUUGGAGGAUAUUGAUGAUGACUUGAAAGAUAGCAUCGAAGCGCUCUUCUUAAAGGAGGCUGAAAAGUCUGGAUCCAAGAGUUUUGUCAACGUUGCCGAAGAUCCUUGCGAAUUGGAUUUGGGCAAAUCAACUGUGACGGAUUCAUUGUCUAAACUGGCUGAAAAACUUAACAAACAGGAACAAAAAUUAGCGAUAGUGCUAGGUGGAUACAUCAAACGACAAUCCCUGCUCAAAGUUAAAUGUACAGAGGCUCAGGAAGCGUUGAUAUCAGCGGCGGUAGAAAGUGCAACAUUUGCUACUCUCCGGGAUAUGGAGGCAAUUGGGGCCAGCAACAGAAUUGCAACAUUGCAAGAAGAAGUCAAUUUCCUUACUGACGCUGAACGAGCUGCCCAAGCGAAAUACAGAUAUCUUGUAGAUGUGCGAAAUGAGCUUCUUUUGUAA